UUAGUCAUCAAUUAAUGAAAUGGGGAAGCAAAGAAAAGAGUUGAGGAAGAAGUUGAUCAUGGUGGGCAUAGAUGAGUCUGAAUUGAGUUAUGAUGCAUUGAUUUGGGUUCUUGAAAAUCUCAAAGAGUCAUUCAAAGACAAUCAUCUUUUUAUAUUUGCAACUCAGUCCCUCACAACAGCAGUUUUACCAUCAUUAGGCUUGGCUCAUUUUCACUUCCAUCUUUCACCCACUAUGGAUUUGAUUAGCCAGAAUCAACAACAAAACAUGAAGAUUUCAUUGGGACUUUUAGAAAAAUCAAAGAGAAUCUGUGCCAAACAUGGGGUGAAAGUGAAAACAUUUACAGAGGGUGGUGAUCCUAAAAUGGCUAUUUGUAAAGCUGUUGAAGAACACAAUAUUGAUUUACUUGUUCUUGGUCAAAAGUCUAAAGGAAUCAUUGAGAGGGCUUUGCUGGGAAGUUCUUUAAGUGACUAUUGCUUAAGCAAUGCUAAAUGUCCUGUUCUUGUGGUGAAGAAGACAUAAUAUAUGACAUAAUAAUAGUCCUAUAUCUUAUGUUUGAGAAAAUAAGGAUUGUAUGUUUUAUGUUUAAUCCUAGUUGAUUUGCUUAUUUGAAAAAGCUUAAAUGAAGGACAAUAUUUAGUACUAAUCGAUCAAUCACCUUUGAAGUUAUUCAUUUUAAAGGGAUUUAACCUAAUAUUCGGUUAGAGUUCAAGACACCCUCCAUCUUAGGUAGGAUGUUGGCGAAAUUGGAUCUCUCUUACGCCCAAAAAAAAAAAGAGGAGUGAUACCGGUAACCCGUCCUGCUCUUUCAUCCCAUUAGGUUUUUUUUUACAAUAUUCUUUAGGCAAGUUAUGAUUUUUUUUUCCCCCCUAAACUUUAACAUGUACCAAAUUAUGGUCUUGAAAUUUUUUGGCCGUUAAAAAUUCUUCCUCGACUAUUGAGAUUGUUAAAUUUAAAGAUUUUUGUCUAAUUCAUUCAAUUUAACUAUUUUAUAUUUUAGUGAUUGUUUAUGUACUAAACCAUGUUGUUUAAUUAGACUUUGAUGUCUACCAAA